UGCAACUAAACCCCAUUCACAAGAACACACAUCUUAUAGUGUUUUCUAUUUAAAAAGGUGGAGCGUUUCAUAAUUCAAAAUUUGCGUAUUUUUCAUCCUGUUUUCUCUCAUUUACAAAAUUUUGGACGAUGGACCCAAAUACUGCGGCAUCAUUCUGUUGUGUAGCUGAUUUCAAGGAAUUUGCGUUACGUUCACUGCCGAAAAAUGUUGUGGAUUAUUACUGCACCGGAUCUGGCCAAGAAAACACCAUACGAAAUAACAGAACAGCUUUCGACAAAUUGAGGAUCAGACCACGGAUACUGGUAGAUGCACCUGGUAAAGUGGACAUCUCGACAGAAGUUUUGGGCUGUCCUCUACAAAUCCCAUUUGGAAUCGCUCCCAGUGCUAUGCAGAAAUUAGCCCACCCAGAUGGAGAAAUUGGAAACGCCAAAGCGAUUGGAAAACUAGGUGGAGUUUACAUUCACUCAACUAUAUCAACAACAAGUGUGGAAGAGGUAGCUUCUGCAGCUCCCGAUACCAUAAAAUGGUUUCAAAUUUACUUUUUAAAAGACAGAGAGCUUACGAAACGAGUUGUGCAAAAGGCAGAAAAGGUUGGAUAUCGAGCUUUGGUUUUCACAGCAGAUGCUAAUGUGAUGGGAUUACGUUAUGCAGUCAUGAAAAAUCCAACGGAAUUGCCCCCACAUUUAAAGUUAGGCAACUUUGACUGGUCAGUUCCAGAAAUAGAUACCUUGGGAUUGGAUUCAUACCUCAAUCAGCUACUCGAUCACAAUAUUUCUUGGAAAGAUAUAAAAUGGCUCAAAGAAAUAACAAAACUGCCGAUUAUUAUAAAAGGUAUUUUAACCGCCGAAGACGCAUUAUUAGCCAUAGACCAUGGAGUAUCUGCAAUAAUUGUGUCGAAUCAUGGAGGACGACAAUUAGAUUCAGCACCUGCCUCGAUCGAAGCACUUCGUGAAAUAGUCAAAGUUGUCGGCGACAAAAUAGAUAUUUUCUUCGACGGUGGGGUUGAAUUUGGAAUGGACAUAUUCAAAGCAUUGGCACUAGGAGCAAAAAUGGUUUUCUUAGGAAAAUCAGCUUUAUGGGGUCUGACUUGUGGAGGAGAAAAAGGAAUUCAAAAGUUACUGGAAAUCUUACAACAUGAACUCGUAACUACAAUGGGAUUAACAGGUUGCCAGAAUUUGAAGGCCAUUAAAAAAAACAUGGUCGUGCACGAAUCAUAUUACGAUACAUUGUAAUUUAUCUGUUAAUUAAUUAAAAUUAUGUACGAGUAUGUAAGUACCUACCUAUCUACGUAUUUAGUGUAGGUAUGUAAAUUGUAAGUAUUCAAGUAAAAAUAUCUAUUUCGAGGGAAUUAGCUCAUUUUCCAUUAUA